ACCGCACCCUACUAACCACCGACUCUACCCGGUCGCAACACCCAAAAAUGUAGCCACACAAUUUCCGAGCCACUCACCAGUCACCACUCACCACUCACCACUCACAACAUCUCCUCUCCCCACACUUUGGCUCCGAUUCCUCAAAACCCUAAACCUCACCUCCUCAGAAACCAAACCCUACCGCUCUCAUGGAUCUCUCCACGCCAUUAACGAGCUCCCAACCCCCUCUCCCCACCACCAGGGCUCGCAACAACCCUAACCCCAUCCCCUCCGUCACCGUCUCCUUCCUCGGCUUCGACCCUCGCCCCGACCACUCCAAACCCAGAGCUCGAGUCCUCCGAGCUCGGCCCCUCUCCCCCUCCGCCGCCGCUUCCGCUGCCGCGGCGCCGCGACCCGGGCUCGAGUUCGACGGGUUCAAGAGCAACGAGAGGCUACGGGGCCUCGUGCGGAACGGGGAGCUCGAGGAAGGGCUCAGGCUCCUGGAAGCCAUGGCGCGGCGCGGCGAGGCCCCCGACGUGGUCCCCUGCACCAGCCUCAUCCGCGGCUUCUGCCGCGCGGGCCGCGCCGCGCAGGCGAGCCGCGUCCUCGCCAUCAUCGAGCGCUCCGACGCCGCCCCCGACGUGAUCACCUACAACGUCAUGAUCGCCGGGUACUGCAAGUGCGGCGAGGCCGAGAGCGCGCUCCGCCUCCUCGGGCGCAUGAGCGUCGCCCCCGACGUCGUCACGUACAACACCAUCUUCCAGAGCCUCUGCGAGAGGGGUAAGCUCAAGAAAGCCCUCGACCUGCUCGACGAAAUGCUCAAACGAGGUUGCGCGCCCGAUGUUUUCACAUACACGAUCCUUAUCGAGGCCACAUGCAAGGAGAGCGGAGUCGGGCCGGCCAUGCAGCUUCUCGAUGAGAUGAGAGCAAAGGGGUGUAAUCCCGACGUCGUAACGUAUAAUGUUCUGAUCAACGGGAUUUGCAAAGAAGGGCGACUGGACGAGGCGAUUAGGUUCUUGAAUAGCAUGCCGUCGCACGGGUGUAACCCGAACGUCAUAAGCCAUAAUAUCAUUUUGAGAAGCAUGUGCAGCACGGGGAGAUGGAUGGAUGCUGAGAAGCUGUUCGCCGAUAUGGUCGAGAAAGGUUGCUCCCCUAGUGUUGUCACUUUCAAUAUACUUAUCAAUUUCUUGUGUCGGAAAGGGUUGUUAGGCCGGGCUAUCGAUGUUCUCGAGAAGAUGCCGGAGCACGGGUGCACGCCCAAUUCGUUGAGUUAUAAUCCUUUGCUUCAUGGGUUCUGUAAGGAGAAGAAGAUAGAUAGAGCGAUCGAGUAUGUGGAUGUCAUGGUGUCAAGAGGGUGUUAUCCGGAUAUCGUUACGUACAACACUCUGCUCACCGCUCUUUGCAAGGAUGGGAAGGUCGACGUUGCCGUCGAGAUGCUUAAUCAGCUCGGGAGCAAAGGGUGCACUCCCGUGUUGAUUACCUACAACACGGUUAUCGAUGGACUUUCGAAGGUCGGAAAUACCGAAAAGGCCCUAGAGUUAUUGAAGGAGAUGGUGAUGAAGGGACUCCGGCCGGAUAUAAUUACUUACGCGUCACUAGUGGCGGGGCUUAGCAGAGAAGGUAGGAUCAAUGAGGCAAUCAAGAUGUUCUAUGAGGUGCAAGAAAUGGGUAUGAGGCCUAAUGCGAUAAUCUACAAUUCGGUGAUGUUGGGACUUUGCAAAGCUAGGCAGACGGAUCGGGCCAUCGAAUUCUUCGCCCAUAUGGUGUCUAGGGGAUGCAUGCCCACCGAAUCGACCUAUACAAUUUUAAUCGAAGGUUUGGCAUACGAAGGCUUGUCAAGGGAGGCACUUGAGUUGCUAGGCGAGUUGUGUUCUAGAGGAGUCGUUAAGAAGAACUCAAUGCAGGCUAUGGCCAAUAGGAUAUAGGUGGUUUAGUUAUAGUUCGCAAAAUUUUGUUCAGAGUGGAUAUCAAAUCCCUGUGGAUUCUGUUAACUUUUGAUCCAGGAAAGACAACCUACUCGGUUAGAAGAAAACUUUAAACUGAUCUCAUACUUUCGUUCAAAUUGAGGGGUAUAGAAGUUUCGAGACCAUGGGCGUGGGACAUCUUCUUGUACAUUAUUUUGUUUGCAUCGAUGCAUUUGUUUAUUCUAGAUUGUUAUCUCGUCCUCUAGCAUCGACCGCAUUAUUACAGUUGAACAAAGUUAGGCUUGACCAUGGCAGCUCCUCAACAGUGUUUAUGCGUCGAGCAAAAGGUACUAACUAUACUAACUAAACGAAGUUGUUAUCUUGAUGAUAAGUUAUACUUAAAGAAAGCCAAUGUGAGACUGAUUUUCAGUGAGCUUUUAAAUGCGGCAUUAAAAGAAUUCAGCUGAUUGUGA